GCAAGGGGCACUUAGCCAUGUUUUACUCCAAAGCUCAGUUCCCGCUUGGAUUCUAAGUCGCGAACUCAGAAAAUGGGGCUUUGGGGAUAAACCUGGGUUCUUUUAAUCUUAGGCACGUGUAUCGUGUGAACGCGGAUUCGGCGGGCUGGCGGGCGGGAUUGGAUUGAGCAAGGGAGCUGCCUGAGAAACGGGAGCAGAAUUCUCCCUCCGCGGGGGCUUUUUCUUAAAAGGGAACUUCCUCUGCGGCUCUGGCCAAACGAAGCGGAGUCCCCUCACUCCAUCGGGACUUUAGUUGGGAGUUGCCCGGAACACGAUUGCACCAGGCUCGCUUUUUUAACUACGCGCCAUUCGGCAGGGUUAUUUCCGCAGAGCUUCGAACCUGGAGGCUCUUUCGAGAAAAGUGCCGCUUUGGCUAUCUGGGCAGUGAAUGAACGAGGAGCGGGAUGCUCUUCAAGAAUUAAGAAUCCGACGCAGGGAGCUGGGCUUCCUUGUUUGAGAAAUUACUUUGAAAUCCGAUAUGGCUAUAAUCGCUUUCAGUUACGGGAACCCAUAAAGCGCAAACGGGGAGCAAGGACUGCAGUCGUAAUCAUCUAUGUGCGGAGCAGAGACUCUGAUCUGAUUGUACUUCCAUUGAAAGAGAAAGAUAAUACAAAAUGGCAGAAGCAAUUUUUCAUCCUCCAAGAAGGAAAAGAAAAAUAUAUGAAUCAUAUGAUUCUCCAUUCCCUAUUUCUCCUUCCGUAGAAGGCAGUCAUGGAAGAAUUUGUAAAAUGUGCCGGGCUGAAUUUAUAAAUAACAAUGUAAUUGUGAAGAAUCCUGAAGAUAUAGAACAACUAUAUAGCAAGGGAUUUUUUGGAAAAGGUAUUCUUUCAAGAAGUCGACCAGAAUAUAGUAUUUCAGAUCCUAUGAUGACUGCUAAAUGGAAAGAUGCUAAGUUAAAUAUGCCAAUCAUCUCAUCAGAAAAAUACCAGCACUGUAUUGAAUGGGCUAAAAAACGUCUGUCAGAACAGGGAAUGGAUGACUCCACAAUUAACAACAUCAUGCAAAAUUAUACUAAACAAAUUAAUCUGAGAAUAGAAAGGAGAGAAAGUAAUAGAUUUCAAGAUGAAGAAACAUUUAAAAUGGAAGCUAAUAAAGAAGAACCAGAGCUUUUAAUGACUUCAUCUGAAAUUAAUGGGAAUAACACAAUGUCUUUCAGAGAUAAUCCACAUUGUGAUCCAUUAGUCAAACAUGACUGUAGUGAAUCAGAUAUAACAGACCCUAACAUUUUAGCUAAAACUCCUUCACCACAACAAUGUUCUCUCAAUAUGUAUGAUAGCUGCAGAGAAGACAGUUACGUUGAACCAGAAUCUCAUUGUUUCAGUAAUAGUGAAUAUGACCAUGAGCUUGUAUUAAUAGAAGAAAAAGAAUCAGAUUUGUGUAUGGAAGAGGAAACCAGUGAGAAAUUGCAUUUAAUUAAAAAAGCAAAAUUAGUAUGCAGAAGAAAUCCUUUCAGGAUUUUUGAAUAUCUGCAACUCAGUCUAGAAGAGGCUUUUUUCUUGGUCUAUGCUCUGGGAUGUUUAAAUAUUUAUUGCAGCGAGGCACCUUUAUCUAUCUUGAAGCUAUGGGACCUUUUUAGUAAAGCACAACCCAAUUUUAAGGCUACCUACAUGGCUUAUCAUUACUUCCGCAGUAAAGGAUGGGUCCCUAAAGUUGGCCUGAAAUAUGGAACUAAUUUGUUGCUAUAUCGAAAAGGCCCUCCUUUUUACCAUGCCAGCUAUUCUGUGAUUGCUGAAUUAAUUAAUGAUGAUUUUGAUGGAUCGUUGCACAGACCAUUCAGUUGGAAAACUUUGUCUGGAUUGAACAGAACUACAGCAAAUGUUUCCAAGGAACUCAUGUUCUGCUAUUUGAUUAAGCCAUCUGAUAUGAAUGAAAAAGAAAUGCUUUCACCUGAAUGUCUCAAAAGAAUGAAAGUCCAGGAAUUGAUCCUAAAUCGCUGGGUUUCAUCCUGUGAACGUAGUGAACAAGAAGAGCUGUGA